GUGCUGUUAAGGUACUGACGACGCUCGCUCGGCGGUAGCUCACGCUGACUGACAGGGGGAAGUUUCUUCCCUUGGAUUUCGAGUACAUCUUGACAGCAAGCGGCAGGUGAAAUGUGCCCACUCCGGACCGGAGGCUGAUCCAUUUGUCACUCGGUACUGAUUGAUAUAACCGUGGUCGUGGCCUGUGUCUUGCGCGCGGUACAUUUUCCCUUCGCUUUUGAUCAUUUUCGCCUCCCGCGCUACAAGAUCGAGCCGCAUCACCACCAUGAAUUCCGCCAACGAUACAAUGUCUCCCUCAGUGGAUGACGGUGGGAGUCUUUCUCCCGCCAACUCACGCGAAGACGAUGAGAACUCACAGCACCCCCGCAAGCGCCAACGCGUGCGUCUUAGCUGUCUGGAGUGCCGCCGGAGGAAGCUGUCCUGCGAUAGAGGCUACCCGUGCCAGCGGUGCCUGAAGAGCGGCACACCGGAUCGCUGCACGUACGAGACCAAGUCAGGUGCUGUAUUGAACGCCAGCUCUGGCGUUCCGCCUGCCUUUGCACAGCUCGACUCACGGAGGAAUGGCGAGCUGGCUGUUCCAGGCAAGGAAGCCGAUGUUUCUCUUAUCCGCGAGGCGGCCAAGGAUCACGACCGUAUCCGCCGUCUCGAGCUCGAAGUCGCUCAGCUCAAGACUCAACUCACACGACAGGCUAUGUCUUCAUUUGACGGAAGCACAAUAGCCGGAACCAACUCACCACUCACUCAAAAGGAUGAGACUAAUGAAGCGCCUGCCGAUCCUUGCGCAAACAACUCAGAGAUUCAGUCAUGCUGGCAUCAGUAUGGCGAUGGGGACAAGUCAGAGCUCCGCUUUUUCAGGGGCAAGGAAUUCAGAACGCGGUAUUUUGGUCCUCACAACGCCACAAUGGCUUUCAUCGAGUUGACUGGUCUGUGCCCCUUCAUGAAGGAGACGGCAGAUGAGUGGCUGAAGCCCGUGAAGGCUCAUGACCGCAAGGACCGCAAGAAGCGCAAGGAUGACAGAGACAAGUUCUACCUUCAGCCUGAUUCCACGCUCGAAGCUCUCCUGCCACCAAAGGAGCACUGCGAUGCUUUACUCGAGGUCUACAUUGACCAGUUCGAGCAAAUGCACCGCAUCAUUCACAUUCCCACCUUCCGCAGAGAAUACUCAGAGUUCUGGGAGAACCCAACCGAAUCUCGCUAUGCAGCACUCACCGCUCUUGUCCUUUCCAUCUGCGCGGUAGCAAACUGCAUCCACACUCACGAGUCUCUGAGAUUCACCGGAAUGAUUUCCAACGCCCAAAAUGCCGCUGAAAAGUGGAUCAAGGCCGUUGAAAAUUGGCAAGAUCAUCAGAGUGUGAAGCACCGAAAGCUCAUCCACUACCAAAUUGCAUGCCUCCUGUAUCUCGCCAAGCGGGUCAACACCGUCAAGAAGAAGCGCUUCUGGACGAACUCUGGCGCUCUCAUUCAGGACGGCAUCUCUGUCGGACUGCACCGGGAACCCGGCCACAUGGGGUCCGGCAAGAUUUCAGUCUACAACCAGGAGAUGAGACGGAGGAUCUGGGCGACGGUGCAAGAAUUUGACAUGCAAGCCUCUUUCGACCACGGACUGCCUACGCUGGUGAGCCAGCUGCAUUACGAUGUGCAGCCACCAAGAAACUUGGACGACGAGGACUUUGACGAAGACACGACGCAGCUCCCGCCUUCCAAGCACGGCAAGGAGUACACUUUCUCCUCCUACCAGAACCUGGCCCGCCAGAGUCUGCCGCUGCGCAUGGAGUUGAGCCGCCUUCUUUGUGGCCCGCCGGGAGACCUCGACUAUGACCAAGUCAUCCGUUACACCAACGACAUCACUCACGAAAUCGACUCGCUUCCAUCCUGGGAGCACAACAACAACAACACACACGGCGGCAAGAGACCACUUCUCGCCUACACUCUGCUCCACAUCCAACUCCGUCAAUACAUCGUUCCCCUCCACCAACCGUUCCUCAAACUUCGCAAAUCCAACGCCAAGUACCAGUACUCCGAGAUCAUCUACUACAACGCCGCGCGAGACAUUGUUCUCCUGCACGACAAGCUCUACGAGCAAGGCAUUCGCAGCCUCAACUUCCUCCGCGAGGACGCGCUGACCACAGCCGUCAACCUCUGCAGCGUCACGAUGCUGCAGCCGCGCGGCUCGACAAACAUGAUCAUGAUCAACUCGCAACACACCGUCAAACUCCUUGAAAAGUGCCUGCACAUGAAGGAAGACAGGAUCCUCCGCUGCGGCAAUAACGAGCCCUGGGGCUACUCCAUCAUGUGCUCAGCACUCGGCCUUCUCGAAGCCCACCUGGGCACAAAGACCACCGAACAAGCAAAGGCAUCGUCUGCGGAACGGUUCGUCAACCUGCACUACAAGCUGCUGGCGAACCAGGAACCCCCGGUAUCGAGUCAGCCAUCAGAGCUGUCCAAGAUUCCCGGAUUGGAGGUUCCCGAGAGACCAAAGGUAAGCAAUCCCGCCCAUCCGUUGUUGUCGUUGUCGUCGUUCAGACCCGAACAGUGGCUGACUCGUUCCUCUCAGUCGGUUACGCCCUUCUCUUUCCAGGGCUACCCGUCUUCGCAGAACGCGAUGGACGGGCUCCUGCCUCAACCCCUGCCGUGGAUGCCACCAUCCAUUGAUCCGCAGGCGCAAUCAUACAAUCCCGACUUUAAUCUUGAAGCACUGGGAUUGAAUUUGAACGAGUUGUGGGGAGAAUCGUGGGACUUUAGCUGAUGCAUGCGAUGUUUGUGAUGCCAUUUUGAUGUGCUUCUUGGUUACUCAAAAAGAAAAGCGAGCUCGGGCGGGUUGUUUGAUCUGGGCAAAUUGCCCUUGACCUGUAUUUUGGAGGCGAUGAUUUGUCACGGACAGUUGUUACGAUGUUCGGAAAGCUUUGUGAUACCCAUCUCAAUUCCUCUCUCUCUCUCUCUUUUUAAUCUAGACGUGUA